CAACCAGAAUUCGGAACCAAGCAAUGCACCGUCCCAAGGUAUUGCGAGGCCUAAACCCAAGACUCAAGAGUGGAAUGUGGUGACUUGAAGGUCCAAGAAGAAUUACCUGUGUCGACUGUUUCUCCUCUCAGUUGCUCUCGUGGUAUCUAUGCUUUGAAGGGAAAGGCCCGAAAGAACAAGCCCAAUACACAAGAGAUAUAAAUCACCUGUUUCUGAAUUCUGAUUCCUAAAACCCCAAAACCCUAAAUCAACAAGCUUAGCUCCAGUCUCCAGUACACUUGUCUGAAAUCAAAACCCAGAUUUCGUAGAAGCAUAGAAUCAAUCUACCUUUUCAAGUCAAUUCCAUGGAUGAUCAAUCUCAAAGAGGAAUAAUAUCUACUGCUGAGGGCGAGAGUAAAGAUUGGAUAAAUGAGCUUCCGGAUUGCAUUCUGUCAUCCAUACUUUCAUUGUUAACAAUAAAAGAUGCAGCGGUGACUAGCAUUGUAUCUCGCCAGUGGAGGAACCUUUGGAAGACAAGGCCUCCCAAUCUUGAAUUAGACAUUGUAAAUAUUUUUGGGUCCGUGUAUGCUCCUCUCAUUGAACCAUAUCGGUCCAUCUUUAGUGUUACAUCUUGUAGUCUUCAAUUCGACAGACAGUGCUAUAUAAAACGAGUGAAUGAAGUUUUGGAGCUCUACUCUGGCAACAAGCUAGACUCAUUCAAGGUGGCAUUCUUUUUUAAUCGAGAAUUUACUGAAGAUCUUGACAAAUGGGUUCGUUUUGCAAUUACAAAGGGAGCUCAAAAGCUGGAUCUUCAAUUAUUAAGAGGCGCUUUGGAUCCACAUGAUAAUUUUUAUGUUUUUCCUCACUGGAUCCUUGCAGAUUUGAACACAUCAACCUUAAAGCAUUUGUCGUUGCAUCGAUGUGUUCUAAAACCUCCUACUGAUUUUGACAGAUUCAUUCAGCUAGAAACUCUUUCUCUGAAUGACAUUGUAGUUGAUCCAGAAUUUUUGGCACGUCUUUUCUCUGCUUGUGUGCUUCUCGAAAGGUUCACCUUGAACACAUGUGACGUGCCCUCAAAUCUGAUUAUUGGUCCAUCCCUUCACCUGCAUGAUCUGAAAGUGCUCACGUGUUACCGAUUAGGAAGAAUAGAGAUUGAUGCAGUAAAUCUUUACUCCCUGGAAUAUGAUGGAUAUAAUACAGAGAUUUCUUUCAUGAGAACUCCACGGCUAGCAAGAUGUUUCUUUAAGGGAUGGUCUAUAGGUCCGGUACCUCAUGUGCUAACCCAACUCCCCCUGUGUUCUGAGCUUGCGACUCUUCAUCUGCAGAUCAGAAAUAAUUUCGAACAUAUACCCCAAACUUUUCCAACAUUGAAAAACCUAAAGCAAGUGAAGUUGGAUCUCCUCAUGCUUGACUUUGAACUUGGGAGUGUUCUAAAUAUUCUCAAGGCUGCACCACUUUUGGAAGAACUUAUAAUAACAACACGAGCUCCAGACUAUCACGGAGAGAUGAGGAGUCUUUCUACAUUCUCACAUAAUCAUUUGAGAAAAAUAAAGAUGCAGGGGUUCCAAGGUAUGUGGUUCGAGAUAGAGUUGGCCAUUUGCCUUCUUAAAAUUGCUACAAAGCUUGAGGUAAUGGUGAUUGAUCCACUUGGAUCAUACUAUGACGGUGAUGGAACGUGGGUCAAAAUGACCUGUUAUUAUCAGGAUGGGAAUGAAGAUGAGAACCCAGAGGAAUAUGAUGACACAGGAGAUGAAAAUGUGGACAAUGUGCCUUAUGAACUUUUACGUUGGCAAAAAAGAGGCAGGGCAGCAGUCCAAGAAAGGCUGAAAGAUGUAAAGACUGAUGCUCAAGUCUUCAUCCUCUAAUGGUUGUAAUUUGUAGAAUCUGUUUCAAGUGGGAACUAGGAAGUACCUAGCUAGGAUGAUCUUGAUGAUUAAUCUUUUAUGUAUCAUUCACAUGAUCGAUCUUGAAGAUGAAUCAUUUAUGUGAUCCGGAAAUUAUGUGGCUU